AGUUCUACUCAUUCAGGAGGUUUAAGUAACCGUACCCUUCUAGAUAAUUUUUCGUAAAUCGAGUCUGAUCAUCAAUGUGGAUUGGAAUAUAGAUGAGAAAGUGUAGCGACUGAAGGAGCUGCCUUUUCUUUCAAGUCCAUCAGAGAAACUUAGAUUUUUGUUUCUUUCAUCUUAUUCUUCUUCCUAGACUUCCUCAAAAUGCCGAAGAACGCGAAGAAGAAGCAGAACAGCAAGCGGGCCCAGAAGAAGGCCGCCCAGAAGAGGACUGGUGGAAAAAAGUCCGGGCCGAACCGAAAGGGUGGAAAAAGGGUUUUGGCGAAACAAAACCGACCGCAAAAGGAGAAGAUCCAUAAAUUGAUCCAAAAGCGACUACCCGAAAUUGUCAACCGGGAGAAGAGAAGGGAAGCCGAUGUGUUUGAAAACUCAGAGGAAAACGACCAGGAAGAUGCUGACGAAGAAAAUCUGGCACAGCAGCAGGCAGACGACGCAGAGGCGGAAAAAGAAAUAGAAGAAGCCAGCACCAACCACACCGCGUUCGCGACGAAACUGUCUCACUGCGAAAAAUCCGUGCGGGACAAGGGCUUCAAAAGUUUACAAAAGUGGUUGAAGAAGAAGGGGGAGAAAUUGACGGAAUUGGACUUCGUCAAGCUCUGGCGGGCGCUGUUUUACUGCCUUUGGAUGAGCGACAAGAAACCGGUGCAGCAGGCGCUGUCCGUGCACAUUGCGCAGCUGACCAGGAGCAUCGCGACGGAAAAGCUCCCGCUCUGGUUCGCGUCCUUCUUCGAAGUCUUUCAAACCGAGUGGCCAAAACUGGAUACCUGGCGAAUGAACAAGUUUUUGCUGAUGGUAAGAGUGUUUUUUUUUUCAAAGUUUUCUUUGAGUACUUACUUCAAACUCAAAUCGAACUCGAAACUCUCUACCUUUUUCUUACCUCGAUUACUGACUCCUAUCCUAUCUGCAACGCAUUUUUCAUUUCCACAGGUUCGCAUCCAGCUUGCGGAGAUGUUCGCUGUCCUCGCUUCCCACAACUUCGACGAAGACCUUGUGGAAGAAUGCAACUCCUCCAUGCUCUCCUUCGCCCCCCUUUGCCUCGAAAGCACUUUCAACCCGGGCUUCGCACAGCAGGUCGCCGCUUGCUUCUGGGACGAACUGACUCAGACGUUCGCUGCGGAGAGGAAGAAGAGGGAACAAAACAAGGAAAAUAGAGCUGAGGAACAGUCCGAAAAGGCAUCAACCCAAACACCUAUCAACGAGGAAGAGACGACGAUGCAUUUGCUGGAACCCUGGAUGCAGAUUCUCGCGGAUCCGUCAUUUUCGGACUCUUUCUUGAAGACCGUCGUGAAAGAGGUGUUCUCUGCGAAAUUACCGGAGCACAUGCGAAAGCCGGUCGCAGAGGAAUUCUUUUCGAUCGCCACGGACGAGGAACUCAUUGCGCACAAGCGGCAAACUCUCAUGACCAUCGUCAAGCAGCUGAAGGACAAAGAUCUGCCUGUGGAAGAAGGUAUUCUUGAUUUUUUCCGGAUUUUUGAUAGAUUUGCAAUUUCACUUUCACCCGCUGUUGCUGGCACGAAGAAGAUCCUUCUAUAAACAAGAUUUCGUGCGCACACUUCAUUGCCUCACAAACAACUCCAUCACAGUUGCCUUCCCGGAGCGCGAACUCAAGCUGAACCCGAAGUUGGAAGCACCACGGAAACGACUGCGAAAGGGUCUGGGUGUCCGCACCAGAAACCAGCGGAAAGUGCGACAACGCGACAAAGGGCGCUAAAAUGUGAGAGGUCUGUUUGCAGAAACUUCACACGAAUGAUCGAAAAAUGCCUGACGAUGACCGACGCGAUUUCGAUGCAAUUUUACUUUUGAAAGCAAAAAUUAUAUCCACAGAGUUACAGGCGAAAAGUCCAUUUCAACUCGUGUGCCAACGCUUU